GUCCCCUUCAGAAAAUAAUGUUAUUAUACACAUAAAGCCCGGUGUCUGAUUGUCCUGUUGCUGUUAAUCCUUUGCAUUAUCUCCUCCCCUGUCCUGUUCAUGUUAACUCGGCUGAAUUCAGACCACAACAGACACAAUGGAGACACCAACCCCAUCCAAGAUAUCCAAGGCCAACACCACCUUCUCUCUGGCCUUGUUGAAAAAGCUGAGUGACGACGACAAGACCGCAAAUAUCUUUUACUCCCCUUUCAGCAUCUCUUCAGCCCUGGCUAUGGUGAUGCUGGGGACCAAGGGCAGCACAGCCACGCAGAUGUCAAAGGUCCUCGCUUUUACUGACGCAGAGCAACCACUGUCGACGGUACCACUGCCGACGGUACCACAGCUGACGCAGACGCAAACGCAGUCGCCGAUGCAUUCGCAGAUGACGACGCGGAUGCAGAUACAGACGCAGAUACACCAGUCCAGCAGACUGCCACAGUAUCUGCUCAAGUGCCUGAGUGCCAAUAAUGGCCAAGAUGAUGUCCACGCAAGCUUUGCCGAACUGCUGAGUGAGCUGAACAAGGAGGACGUUCCGUACGCCCUCAGCCUUGCCAACAGGCUGUACGGGGAGCAGUCCUACCAGUUUGUUGAGGAAUUCUUAGCAGAAACCAGAACGCACUACAACGCCGAGCUGGAGUCUGUGGACUUCAAAGCCGGCGCAGAGGCGGCCAGGGUCAACAUCAACAGCUGGGUGGAGAAGCAGACGCAACAUAAAAUCAAGGACUUGCUGGUCAAGGAUGCUGUGAACAGCGCGACCAGGCUGGUGCUGGUCAACGCCAUCUACUUCAAAGGCAACUGGAACAAACAGUUCCAGGAGGAUUCUACUAUUGAUGCUCCGUUUAGAAUGAACAAGAAUGACUCUAAAUCGGUGAAGAUGAUGCGCCAGAAAAGUGAAUUCUCUCACACCACCAUUUCUGAGGCCAACUGCCAGGUCCUAGAGAUGUCCUAUGAAGGCAAGGACCUCAGCAUGCUCAUCUUCCUGCCCAAUGAGAUAGAGGACGACACAACGGGCUUGGAGAAGCUGGAGAAGGAGCUGACCUAUGAGAAAUUUGUGGAUUGGACUCGCUCAGACAAGAUGGAUCUAACGGAGGUUGAGGUGAGGCUGCCUCGAUUCAAGAUGGAGGAGACGUAUGACUUGAAUGACGUCCUAAUCAGCAUGGGCAUGACGGAUGCUUUUGAUGUCCAAAUGAGUGACUUUUCUGGCAUGUCCUUGACUACCGACCUGGUACUGUCCAAAGUCGUCCACAAGGCUUUCGUGGAGAUCAACGAGGAGGGAACUGAGGCUGCUGCUGCAACUGCUGCCGGGGUAACAGUUACAUCUAUAUUGAUUCCUGUCACGUUCAACGCAGACCACCCCUUCCUCUUCUUCAUCCGACACAACCCCACCAUGAGCAUUCUCUUUGCCGGCCGAUACUGCUCCCCCAACUGAGCACUACUGUAUGUCCUGCAGUCCUACGAUGGGCCCCUAGGCUCAGACAUGUAAAGGGCCCUCACCCCUCCAACAUCCGAGCAAGAGCCCCUCAUUCUAUCUUUUAGGUGAUUUGUGUGUCUCGUUGUGGCCGUUUUGCACGUCUCUGGUAGUUUUGCAUGUCUUUGUGCUCUUU